ACAGCCGGAAGUGAGUGAUGGCGGCUGCGAAUUGUUCCCUCAGUGUCUGCCGGCACCUCCUCGACCCCAAGUUUGACAGUUACAAACUCUCCCUGGAGACGCUGCCCAUUUACACUGUGGAGUUAGAUGACGAUCCCACAACCUUACCACAGCAGGGAGAGUGCAAAUACUGGGCCAAGACUAACAGUCUGAAAGAAGGAGAGAGACAAAUAGAUAAACUGGAAGAGAGAGAGAGACAGAUGAGCAAAGAAAUCCAUGGGAAGGAAUGGAAAUGUUCUGUUGCACCAACCUUAUUCCACCUGUCAAUAGCGAGCUGUAGCUGAAGUGAAACUUCGAGAGGAUCAGUACACCCUGGACCAUAUGUGUGUUUUUGGCAUGUACAACUAUCUGCAUUGUGACAGGUGGUAUCAAGACAGUGUCUAUUAUAUUGAUCAGCAUGAGAGAGUCAUGCACCUGGCUAUCACUUUGGAUACUGCAAUAAGUAAACCCAGGGAGGUGUUCCGGCUAUCACCGGAGAUUAAAUCCUGUGAUACUUUGGUCUGUGCUUCUAUGCAUUUUACGUCACCCACAUGGGCAGCCUUGUCAGAUGGAACAGGAAAGCUGUAUCUUCUCCGAACAAGCAAACGUGGAGCAAAUAACAUUGAGAAGUGGGAGAUAAUGUUCCAGCAAGAACUCGGGGAACCUUUUGUGAUAGUUCAUAGUCAUUCUUAUCUGAAAGCAAGUGCCCACUCAGUUGAUGUUGUUUUACUCAAGACAGAGAAGGACGAAUCAAACGUCAGAGGAAGUGGCUUCCAUUCAGCUGUAGAUUGGCUGACCAUCACUAGUGCAAGCAAUGAGAGCAACAAAUAUGAAGUUUCAAGGCACCGAAUCCUGCAUGGAAAACUGGCUCCGCACUAUGCAGCUGUAGAGCAGGAUGGCACCAGCCUGAUGAUAGCUUCUGACAAACCCUUCAAGUUUGUGCAGAUUGAUGGGAAACCUUUGGAGGAGCACAAGGUGGAGAAGAUGGACAUCAGCCAGAAAAAAGAACCGGUAUAUUAUUGGCAGCAGACGGAUGAAGAUCUGACAGUAAACAUUCAACUACCAGAUAACACCACAAAACAGAACAUAGACUUCCAGUUGUCACCAGGUCACUUGCAAGUUGGAAUGAAAGGACAAGCCGCUUUCGUAGAGGGCCAGUUGUACUCUUCAGUUGACCAUGGCCUCAGCACUUGGACAAUUAAUGACAAUAGCUUGGAGAUUUUCUUGUUAAAGAAGAUUAGAGGAGUGACGUGGCCUCAACUCCUCAUUGGUGACAGAAGAGGCGAAUUCAUCGUGGACCCUGAUCAGGCUUCUCAGCUAAAUGAGUGUUUGCUGAACCUAACCUCUGAAGAACUGAAUGCAGACCCUGAUAAAGACAAGCCACCCUGCAAUGCCAAUGAGCUGGAAGAGUGUGAUCGAUUCCCAGAUGAUACUGCCAGUUUAACUCGAUUAGAUGCCAACUUGUUGAAAGCUACCCAUGUGGUUAAUCUGAGCAGUCACCAGUAUCUGUUCACAGCAGUGGUGGAUCCGGCUGAGAUGCCCUGCUUGUGUCUACGUCACGAUGUUGAUGCACUUCUGUGGCAACCACACGCACAACAGGAGAACAUGUGGGAGCACAUUGGAACAUUCAAUGCUUUAGGCUAUGUUCAGGCAUCUAAACGCGAGAAGAAGUUUUCGACGUGCGCUCCAAACUACUCCUAUGCUGCUCUGUGUGAAUGUUUCCGCCGAAUCUUCAUUUACCGCCAGCCCACGCCUGUUCAGACCACACUUUACAACCGCAAGGAGGCAAGGCACGUGGGGCAAGUUGCCAAGCAGCAGGUUGCCAGCUUGGAAACCAAUGAUCCUGUGCUGGGUUUUCAAGCUACAAAUGAGAGGCUGUUUGUUUUAACAAGGAAGAACUUGUUUGUAAUUAAAGUAAAUGCAGACAACUCUGAGUGAAAGCAAUGCAAUAGUUUGGAGGAUUUCAGGACACCAUGUAAAGCAGUUUGUUACAGUUCUAGUUUAGAUUAGCUUCCGAGUUGCAAAACACAUGGUAUUAUCUGUUCAUAUAGCUCCAGUUACCCCAGAAUUAUUAUUCUGGGUUUUUAUUACUUAGAGCAGACCCCUGCACAGAUGUGGCAGAUUGUGCUUUAUAUAAAUGACACUGCUUGGCGAUGCAUAAUUAAAAAUGGCUUCACAUUUUGGAAUCCCAA